AUGAAUCAGGCGCAAGUGGCCAAGAAAAAUAAAAACCCACAGUUAAGUAAAUCUCAGAAAAGAAAAUUGAAGAAGCUGGAGGAGGAGAAUGAGAGAACAGUGCUGUUAUCAAAAAGCAUAGAAACCCUGGAGAAAUAUAAGAUCCCAGAGGAUGCAUUUUCUCUCCUGCAAUCAUCAAGAAAUAUAAGUCGGGUUGAAACUGUUAAAGAAAAACGUAGGAUGGCAGUACAAUUUUCCAAGGCUGGUUUAAGUCCCCAGGGUGACCAGCCUUUCAAGAGGAAUCAUGAAACUGCUUUUGAGAUUGAAGCUGGGUUGGAUGAGAUCCAAUCAAAGAAGGAUAUGAAUGAGAAAGGCCAUUUACAACCAAUGGUCAUAGGAAGAGAAGUUCAAAACCAUGCAUCUUUUUCACUGGUGUAUCACGAUCCAGUUAGCGGUAAUGAGCUUGGCUUAAAUGGCAGAUCUGUUUUUGCAUUCUCUGCUGAAGAAGUGGCCAUUGAGGAUAAUUGUACACCUACACUGGAAGUUCCUAAAAAAUCUUCAGAGACUUCGAGUGAUCGUGAUGCUAGAAAAACUUCCAGUUUAAUGGGUAAAUUAGAUGAGAACUCAACUGUAGAUUUAGGAAAGGCUAGCAAUUUCCCAGAUUUUCCAUUGCCAAGACCUCCUACUACCCCAACAGUGGUGCAUGUAUCAAGGCCAGAUGAGGUGGAGAAGAAACGGAAGGAUCUUCCAAUUAUUAUGAUGGAACAGGAGAUAAUGGAAGCUAUAAAUGAACAUUCCACUGUUAUUAUCUGUGGAGAAACUGGGUGUGGUAAAACCACUCAAGUUCCUCAGUUUCUUUAUGAAGCAGGUUAUGGUUCAAACCAUUCUGUUGUUAGAAAUGGUGUUAUUGGUGUUACUCAACCACGACGCAUUGCUGUCCUUGCCACUGCUAGACGGGUUGCAUUUGAACUUGGUCUUCAUCUUGGUAAAGAGGUUGGAUUCCAAGUUAGGCAUGACAAGAGAAUCGGAGACAAUUGUUCAAUCAAGUUUAUGACUGAUGGAAUAUUACUGCGAGAAGUUCAGACUGAUAUUUUAUUGAAGCGUUACUCUGUGAUAAUUCUGGAUGAGGCUCAUGAGAGAAGUGUGAAUACAGACAUUCUUAUUGGAAUGCUCUCUCGUGUAAUUCAACUCCGCCAGAAGAAAUAUGAGCAGCAGCAAAAAAUGGUGCUUUCUGGUCAAAGUCUAAGUCCUGAAAAUAUGAUAUUUCCACUAAAACUUGUUCUAAUGAGUGCCACCUUGCGAGUGGAGGACUUCAUUUCUGAAAGAAGGUUAUUUCAUGAUCCUCCUCCAGUUAUAAACGUUCCUACCAGGCAAUUUGAAGUGACAGUGCAUUUCUCGAAGAGAACUGAAACUGUGGAUUAUAUUGGCCAGGCCUAUAAGAAAGUCAUGUCAAUCCACAAGAGGCUGCCACAAGGAGGCAUACUUGUCUUUGUCACAGGACAGAGAGAAGUAGAGUACCUGUGUCAGAAGUUACGCAAAGCUUCAACAGAGUUGAUUGCUAAUACUGCUAAAGGGCGUGUAGGGGAUAAGGUCCCAGCAAUGUCUGAAAUGGUUUCCAUUGAAGGUGUUAACAUGAAGGAUAUUGAUGAGGCAUUUGAGAUUCAGGGUAAUUCGAUUGACCAGCAAACUGAGAGGUUUGGCUCUCAUGAUGAAGAUGUGCCAGAUUCUGCUGAGGAUGAAUCGGAUGUCUCUUAUGAUUCAGGAUCAGAGAGUGAAGUAGAAAUUGUUGGUGAUGAGGUGGAUAUAGAGGAUUCAAAAACAUCUGAAAAUGAUGUUGUGGGUGUUCUGCGAGAGAAAAGUAGCCUUGCUGCAUUGAAGUCUGCUUUUGAAGCUUUGGCUGGAGAUAAUGCAUCAGAAUGUAAAUCAGAGGGAAAACAAAUUCCUUCUAUGCCAGAAGAGUGCCCAGAACAAUACAAAAAUAGCAUGGAGAAGAAAACAGUAGGAGAUAAGGGUCUUUUUACUAGUGCUCUGCGUGUUAUGCCUCUUUAUGCCAUGCUUCCUGCAGUGGCACAGCUCCAUGUAUUUGAUGAGGUCAAUGAAGGGGAGCGGCUUGUUGUUGUUGCCACUAAUGUUGCUGAAACUUCUUUAACCAUCCCAGGGAUAAAAUAUGUGGUUGAUACUGGAAGAGAAAAGGUGAAGACCUACAACUCAUCAAAUGGCAUGGAAGCAUAUGAAGUACAAUGGAUAAGUAAGGCUUCAGCUGAUCAGCGCAAAGGAAGAGCAGGAAGAACAGGGCCUGGCCACUGUUACCGUCUUUAUUCAUCUGCUGUCUAUAAUAACAUACUUCCUGACUUCUCUUGUGCUGAAAUAUCUAAAGUACCUGUUGAUAGCAUUGUUCUUGUCCUGAAAUCCAUGCAUAUCGACAAGGUAGAAAAGUUCCCAUUUCCAACUCCUCCAGAGGCUGCUGCCUUAGUAGAAGCAGAACGUUGCUUGAAGACCUUGGAAGCUCUUGAUAAUACAGGAAGGCUGACAUCCCUAGGGAAGGCCAUGGCUUGCUAUCCCAUGAGUCCUCGUCACUCUCGAAUGCUUCUUACAGCUAUCCAAAUUACGAGGAAAAUGAAGGAUCAUGAUACAGCAAAUCUGGUUCUAGGAUAUGCAGUUGCAACAGCUGCAGCAUUGAGCUUUUCCAAUACUUUUCUUAAGCAUUUUGAAGGAAGUCAUACUGACAGCAAUGGCUCAGAACAGGAUGGAAGAUCUAGUAGCCUAGGAAGCAAUACAAUUUUAGACAAGAAAGAAAAAAUAAAGAAAAAGAAACUCAGAGAAACAGCUAAAUUAUCCCGCGCUCGAUUUUCCAAUUCUACUAGUGAUACAUUGACUGUAGCUUAUGCCUUGCAUUGUUUUGAACUUUCUACAAGCCCGGUGGAAUUCUGCCAUGAAAAUGCCUUGCACCUUAAAACCAUGGAAGAAAUGUCAAAGCUUAGAAGGCAGCUUCUUCAACUGGUCUUUAAUCAUCAUGUUCACGAGCUAGAGCAGGGUUUCUCUUGGAUCCAUGGGACCGUGGAGGAUGUAGAACAAGCUUGGAGGGUUUUGUCCAGUAAGAGGUCUAUUUUAUUGAAUGUGGAAGAUAUCUUAGGCCAAGCUAUCUGUGCUGGCUGGGUUGAUAGGGUUGCAAAACGCAUCAGAGGAAAUUCAGGCUCCUUGGAAGGAGACAGAAAAGCAAGUGCUGUUCGGUAUCAAGCCUGCAUGGUUAAGGAAACAGUAUUCCUUCAUCGGCGGUCCUCUCUUUCUAAUUCAGCACCUGAGUUUUUGGUGUACAGUGAAUUGCUUCAUACAAAGCGGCCUUACAUGCAUGGGGCCACAAGCAUUAAACCAGACUGGCUUGCCAAGUAUGGUGGGUCUUUGUGCAGUUUUUCAACUGUAGAAGACCGGAAACCUGAAUAUGAUCCUCAAACUGACCAAUUAUAUCGUUGGGUCAUUCCAAACUUUGGGCCACAUCUAUGGCAACUUCCAGCACAAAGUAUGCCAAUUAGCAGUGAUGAGGAUCGACUCAAGGUAUGUGCAAAGUUUCCAGAACUAAUCCACUCAUUGAAGCAGAUAAAGCGGGGAGUCAAGGAUCAAAAGUCGAAAGGUUAGAUAAAAUAAAAAAUGUGCCAGUUGCUUUAGCUUUCUCAGAAUGUGACUAUAAUCGCAUGAGAUUGGUUUUAUUCCUUUUUGAUCGUACAUGAAUGAAGAGAAGAUCUAAAUUUAUACAUUUUUUUAGGAAGGAAAAAUGAUUUGUUGGUCAGGAUCGUGCGCAAAAUAUCGCUGCUCCUGUUAUUACUUUUUAUUCGUAACAAUCACAUGGCAGAACUGUGAAUUGCUAACUGCCGCCAGCAGCCAAAUUUUGAUGUCUGUCUGUCUUUCUAGCAAGUAAUGAAAGAAUAGUGAUUCCUGCUAA